AUGUGGAGGCCUGUGAACAGCCCUGUCCCUCACAGAGGCUGGGUCCCGCUCUGUCUGGGGCAUCUACACCUGGAAAAUACAGAGAUGGGAAGCCAGUCUCCCCUCAAUCGUCCUCCUCUCACGCUCUGGUCUGAUGAUGAGUCAAAGUGCAGCUGCACCCUGAAGGAGGGAUGUCUGCCGAAGAGGAGGGAGAGGAGGGCGUCCGAAAGUGUCUGCUACAUGCCAGCCUACAACUGCUCUGCUCCACCCCGUAGUAUGGUGACUGCCAGGCGCAAUAACAACCAAUUAGAGGGUGGAUUCAUGGACAAAUGGACCAUUCCCAGAAGGCCCCACUUCCCCCGCUUUAGUCUCUUCAGCUGA